AUGGAUGCCUUCUCAGACAUCAAACCGGUGCCACCGGAUGUGAUCCUCAGCUGGCCAAAACCGAACUACACAGAUCCUGAUCGGCGUGGCCCUGCAUUAUUGAUUGUCAACUGCUUCUUGUUACCGCUUGCGAUGGUAGUAGUUGGGAUGAGAUUGUACACUCGAUUGAUAAUUGUGCACUCCGCUGGAUUGGAUGAUGUGUUCAUACUUACACCUUUCUUGAUUGCAGCUGUUGGUUUGACUAUAGCAGUAUGUCUUGCUGCAUCUCAAUACGGAUGGGACCUGCAUAUUUGGGACGUUCCAGAGGCAGAUAUCAUUCCAGGUCGUAUAGUCACUUGGGUGGCUCAGUUAAUCUUCGUAGCAGCCACAAAUUUCACAAAACUGUCGAUUCUCCUCUUUUAUACACGCUUGUCAACUGUUGGUAUCCGAACACCAUUCGACUACGCUGUGUGGGGCACGAUUGUUUUCGUCAUCUUGUACAUCAUCUCAUUUUCAAUCAGCGUCAUCACCGCGUGCAAAAGGUGCACCAAUUCUCAGGCGUUCGUCUACGCGGCUGCUGGGUUUAGCAUUUUUGAGGACUUUAUCAUCAUGAUGCUCCCUGUUUGGGAGCUAAAAGACUUGAACUUGAACUUGAGGAAGAAAAUUGCGUUGAUCUUUCUGUUUGCUCUUAGAUCUUUCGCUUGUAUCACAAGUAUGAUCCGACUUAAAUAUAUCAUCGCGUACGGGACAUCUGUCGAUGUAACAUACCGCAAUGUCGACAUUGUUUUAUGGAGCGUGCUCGAAGAUUAUGUGGCAAUCAUCUGUGCCGGCCUCAUGUGUUUCCGGCCACUAGUUAUUAGAUUUCUGCCCUCAAUGUUGCCAACCACCAGCUUGAGCGAAAGCAAAAACCCUGGGAGUCAAGCCUAG